AUAAAGGCAUUGUUAACCCUAAAAUAGCCAAAUGCUUUUGGUGAACUUGUAACUGAUGGAAAUGUUAUUUGUGCGCGUUUUAACCCUAUUUGUAUUGAGUGUUUUAUUAACCAAAACUGAACAAGCGUUGAACUGUUCGCUUCCAGACGAUCCAUACGCCUCAUAUUAUGUCAACGGAGAAGCAUUUACCGGAGACAGUACUGUCUUACAUGAUGACGAGGUCCGUGUCGAGUGUGAAAACGGAACUAGUACAACAGUGUCCUCCGAUGUCAGUUCAUGCUUGAAUGGUGCCUGGACACCAAGAGAAUCAUUCCCGAUUUGUGAACCAGGAUGUGCUAUCCCAGAUAUUUCAAAUGCGAACAUCACACGCUCAAAUGAUGCGAAUACGGAUAAGCUGAAGGACGGAGAAAACAUUACAGUUACUUGCCAUAAAGGAUACAGCCCCCAAAGCAGUGUGGAAGGCAAUGACGCAAGUUUCACUUUGAUAUGCAAAAACGGUACGAUAGGUAACAGAACAUGUGAACUAUCACAAGACAGAAGGGAUCAACAAGAGAACGUUAUACCUACAGCGAAAUCAAGUUUAUCAGCAGCAGCUGAUACAACAUCAGUAGAAACAACAGCAGCAGAUACAACACGAGCAGAUACAACAACGACAGAUACAGCAGCAGCAGAUACAAAAUCAGCAGAUACAACACGAGCAGAUACAACAAGAGCAGAUACAACAGCAGCAGAUACAACAAGAGCAGAUACAACAGCAGCAGAUACAACGACAGAUACAGCAGCAGCAGAUACAACAAGAGCAGAUACAACACGAGCAGAUACAACAAGAGCAGAUACAACAGCAGCAGAUACAACAAGAGCAGAUACAACACGAGCAGAUACAACAAGAGCAGAUACAACAGCAGCAGAUACAACAAGAGCAGAUACAACACGAGCAGAUACAACAACGACAGAUACAGCAGCAGCAGAUACAAAAUCAGCAGAUACAACACGAGCAGAUACAACAAGAGCAGAUACAACAGCAGCAGAUACAACAAGAGCAGAUACAACACGAGCAGAUACAACAAGAGCAGAUACAACAGCAGCAGAUACAACAAGAGCAGAUACAACACGAGCAGAUACAACAACGACAGAUACAGCAGCAGCAGAUACAAAAUCAGCAGAUACAACACGAGCAGAUACAACAAGAGCAGAUACAACAGCAGCAGAUACAACAAGAGCAGAUACAACAGAAGCAGAUACAACAGCAGUGAUAGGAAGUCAAACAGACAACAACAAAACUCAAUCGCGGUCACCUGUUAAUGAAAGAAGCACUGUUCCAAGUGCACAGACCACAUCACCUAUUGAUAAUGAUCAUGGCGAGCUUAACUGUACCAUACCUGAGUCCACCGAUGUACAAUUUGUGACACUCUCCGGCGAGGAAUUGAAAGAGGGAGUGCAGAUUCAUCAUGGUAGACAAAUUUUAGCUGAGAAGGAAUGUAAGGAUUACUACGAGGGUUACUACCUCGAUUACGAUAAUUAUGGAGAAGAAAUAAGUCCGCCAACAAGACCACUUAGUACGAUAGUUAAUUGUACAGGGGGUGUGAUCUCAGAUUAUACACUUGAUUGUGACAAUGUAGAAACUUCCGAUACUCCCGUUACAAUUCCGGACGAGUGCAAGACUGUACCAAAUGGCGAGGUCACAGAUAACGGCCAAUCAUUUCAGUGCAAUGAGGAUUACGUUCACGCUGACAGCCUAUUAUACGAGAGGUACAGUUGUUCAUGUGACAGGAACAUCCCUGCCUUGGUGUGCAAUGGAAGGCAGGCCAAGUGCAAACCAAUUAACUGUAAAUUAAACAGUUUUAUUGAACAAGGGAUGACUCUUAAGUACAGAUCGAAGUUCAUCACUGCUUCGACCAUAGAUGCGAUCGAUCACGGAGAAUCAGUCAUGUUUAACUGUGAAAUUGGAGCGAACGGUGUAACAUACGAACCAAAAAGGCGGAUGUUUAAAUGUGACCGGGGAAAGUGGUUUGAAGAUAACAGAAGGGGUAGUGUAUGGUCGUUAGGUAACAAUGGAACGUUUCCCAAAUGUCGACCAGCAAAGUGUGAGUGUCAGAACGGAGGUACAUGUAUUCGAGAUGAGACGUGUAAAUGUUCACGGUUCACGAAGGGGCUGCAAUGCGAAACACCUCUUUGUCCCGGGCAAUGUCAAAACGGUGGGACAUGUAUCUCUCCAAACAGGUGCAGCUGUCCGUAUGGAUUUUCUGGCAGUCGUUGCGAAACAGCUCUGUGUGACGGUGGAUGUCAAAACGGUGGGACAUGUACCUCCCCAAACAAGUGUAGCUGUCCGGAUGGAUUCUCUGGCAGUCGUUGCGAAACAGCUGUUUGUGACGGUGGAUGUCAAAACGGUGGGACAUGUACCUCCCCAAACAGGUGCAGCUGUCCGACAGGAUUCUCUGGUAGUCGUUGCGAAACAGCUCUUUGUGACGGUGGAUGUCAAAACGGUGGGACAUGUACCUCCCCAAACAGGUGCAGCUGUCCGAAAGGAUUCUCUGGUAGUCAUUGCGAAACAGCUCUUUGUGACGGUGGAUGUCAAAACGGAGGGACAUGUUCAUCCCCAAACAAGUGUAGCUGUCCGAAUGAAUUCUCUGGUAGUCAUUGCGAAACAGCUCUCUGUGGCGAUGGAUGUCAAAAUGGUGGGACAUGUACCGCUCCAAAUAGGUGUACUUGUCCGGUUGGAUUCUCUGGCAGUCGUUGCGAAACAGCUUUGUGUGACGGUGGAUGUCAAAACGGUGGGACAUGUACCUCCCCAGACAAGUGUACCUGUCCGUUUGGAUUCUCUGGCAAUCAUUGCCAAACAGCUCUGUGUGACGGUGGAUGUCAAAACGGUGGGACAUGUACCUACCCAAACAAGUGUAGCUGUCCGGAUAAAUUCUCAGGCAGUCAUUGCGAAACAGAAAAAUGUCGGGCACCGACUGAUAAUGGAAAUGAUGCGUUUUACCAAAAUGGAGCCACAUACAAUGUUACUCAUGAAAGCUGCUCUAAUGAAAAUAUACCAAGUUUUAAAGGACAGAUUACUUGUGAAAAUGGUAACUGGUCAGAGCAAAUCAACUGUUUGCCAGGAGCAAAUUACCGUAUAACUGUUAAAACUGCUGACGUCAGUUGGUGGAAGUUUGCAGGCACAGAUGGGGAGGUGUACUUGUACAUGUACGGUUCUAACUGGAACAGCGGUAAAAUCAUCUUACAUGGUGCGUUUGAGGCUGGUGAUGAGGAUCUUACGGAGGGCCAGUUUGUUAAUGUCGGAGAGAUAUCCGAUAUUCGACUUGGUGUAAACGCCCGACACAGCAAUUUUGAUGGUUGGAAACCGGAAUCCGUACACAUUGAAGAUGAUUCAAGAGGUGUAUAUUACACAUUUAAACACGAUUUGACUGAGAUUGACGAUACAAGCAUCAUUCUUUAUCCAGUCGGUAAAUUUUCAGGCGGGAAGGCGAACAUCAUUGGCUGGAGAAGACAUUAUUUAGGAUUUCAUGGAAGCAAAUAUGACUGUUUGAACAAAUGUGCCCAAGAUCCGGAGUGUAAACAGGUGGAUUUCAUGAAAAAUCACGAUCGAUGUACUCCUUUUACUGAAGAGUAUCAAACGGUUAAUAAAACCGAAGAUAAACGUUGGAUAGCAUAUGUAUAUACUAAAAUAAGCUUACGUUAAAAAGUUAAAAGAACAUCCUAAUCUGUCAAAGCACUUUGAACAAAAAUGUGACGGAAUCGUUAUUAGACUUGUAUGUGACGAACGUAUAUAUAGUGAAUUUAUCGCAGUAAUUUUGUCGUGAAAAAAAUAUUUGUUAGAGUGAAUCAAAUCUUAAUACAAGUGCGAACAAUGCUAUAGAUCUUGUUCAACUUUACUUUAAUAUAUAAAUAUAAUAUUGAA